AUGCUAUCUGCCCUCUCGAAGCUCCAUAGGUUUGACGCCCGACGCUCGUGUUUCCUGUCGUCCACCUUUACCCUCAUCCUGACAGUGAACUUGCUUUUCUCUCAAUUGUCGACUCACCAUGAUCAUUAUUCAAAGACAUGGAAGACCACGGCAUGCCGAAACGUCAAUGCGCAUCCGUCGCGGAAACCGAAGAACAACACUUUUUCCGCAGAAGUAAUUACGUGUUUAAUCAAUUUUAACAUUUGA